UCUCUCUGUGCUGUGCUGAGUGAGUCCCGACCCUAACCGCAGUUGAACGAAAGAUUUUCAAAGAAAAAAAAAACCGAAAACGAGACGAGUGAGAGAAGAGAGCAAGAGUUGUCUCUGGGUUUCAAUUUUUUCUUUUCCAUAUGCUGUGUUGGAAUUCUUGUUCUAGAGUGUCUCUGUCUAUCGGCUUCUCCACCAUUUCUUUUCCUGCUUGUCAAAGCAACGGCGGGAGAACUUCAAAUGCAAUCUAAAGCCCCACAAUAACCCUACUGAAAGUUACAUCUCCAAGAAAUCCUCUAUCUAUCUCUCAGCUUCAAAUGGCUUCGAGGAACCAGAACAAACCCCCUCUACCCAACGCUACUCCUCGAAGUCCUUCUAAUGUAAGAAGAAAGAUAGCGUUGAUGAGGUUCCAAUAGACAAACGUAGGAAGAUUGGAUCGGGAAAGAUGGUGGGUCCAGCGAAUAGCGGCCGAACACGUCAGGCAUUCUCCGUGUUGAAUGCUGGUCAAGAUCCUGCUGCCUCUGGUGACUCUACAGGAAAUGGGAGCUCUGAUUGCAGCGCAAUUGAGUUCACGAAAGAAGAUGUCGAAUCCCUCUUGAAUGAGAAGAUGAAAGGGAAGAACAAGUUUGAUUACAAGGGAAAAUGCGAGCAGAUGGCUGAGUAUAUAAAAAAACUUAGGCUUUGCAUCAAAUGGCUCCAAGAAUUAGAAGAGAACUCUGUCCUUGAGCAGGAGAAGCUACGUAAUAUGUUGGAAUCUGCCGACAGAAAAUGUUCUCAAACUGAGGCACAAAUGAAAAACAAGGAAGGGGAACUGAAUUCGAUCAUAGCAGAGUUGAGGAAAAAUUGUGCCCUUUUGCAGGAGAAGCUUACAAAGGAAGAGUCAGACAAAUUGGCUGCAAUUGAUUCUCAUAGAAGAGAAAAAGAGGCCAGAGUUACUGCUGAGAAGUUACGAGCUUCUUUGGCUGAGGAGCUCGAAAAGGCCCAUCAUGAGCAAUUGAGUGCAAAUCAAAAGGUGGCAUCCCUUAAUGAUAUGUAUAAACGAUUACAAGAAUAUAAUACAAGCCUACAACAAUACAAUAGUAAACUUCAGACAGAGCUUGCAACAGCGAAUGAGACUCUAAAACGUGUAGAAAAGGAAAAAGCUGCAAUAGUGGAGAAUCUUAGCAACUUAAGAGGUCACUGUAGUUCGUUGCAGGAUCAAUUAACUUCAUCCAGAGCUUCCCGGGAUGAGGCUGUGAAACAUAAGGAGGCGUUGGUAAAUGAAGUGGGAUGCCUCAGGGUAGAGUUGCAACAGGUGAGGGAAGAUCGUGAUCGCCAACAACUACAGGUGCAAACUUUAACAGAUGAUGUAGCAAAGUACAAAGAAACCACUGGAAAAUCUUCUGCUGAGUUGGACAACCUUAUGAUUAAAUCAAGUGCUCUAGAGGACACCUGUUCUUCCCAGCGAGAGAAAAUACAGAUAUUGCAGCAACAGCUAGCAGUUGCAAAUGACAAAUUGGAGAGAGCUGAUUUGUCAACUUUGGAGAUAAGGACAGAAUAUGAAGAACAAAAGAGAACCAUUCAGGAUUUGCAAAGUCGCCUGACAGAAGCAGAUUCUAAAAUUAUUGAAGCAGAGAAACUUCGGAAGAAGUUGCACAAUACUAUAUUGGAGUUGAAAGGAAAUAUCCGAGUUUUCUGCAGAGUGCGGCCUUUAUUACCUGAUGAGGGUGCUGGGGCCGAGGUUAUUUCUUAUCCAUCAUCACUUGAAGCCCAUGGACGGGGCAUUGACUUGUUGCAAAGCGGGCAAAAACACCCUUUCUCAUUUGAUAAAGUAUUUGCCUAUGAUGCCUCACAAGAAGAUGUUUUUGUGGAGAUCUCACAGCUAGUCCAGAGUGCACUUGAUGGUUAUAAGGUUUGCAUUUUUGCUUAUGGUCAGACAGGUUCAGGUAAGACAUAUACCAUGAUGGGCAGGCCAGAAACCCCUGAGCAGAAAGGCCUGAUUCCCCGAUCCUUAGAACAGAUAUUCCAAAGUAGCCAGUCACUUCUGGCCCAGGGUUGGAAGUACAAAAUGCAGGCCUCAAUGUUGGAGAUUUACAAUGAAACAAUUCGUGAUUUGUUAUCGACAAAUCGAUCAGGUCCAGACACAUUGCGUGCAGAAAAUGGGGUAGUUGGAAAGCAGUAUGCAAUCAAGCAUGAUGCAAAUGGCAAUACCCAUGUUUCUGAUCUUACUAUUGUAGAUGUCUGCAGCAUCAAAGAGGUAUCCUCCCUUCUGCAUCAGGCAGCACAAAGCAGGUCAGUUGGUAAGACCCAAAUGAACGAACAGUCAUCAAGAAGUCACUUUGUCUUCACGUUGCGUAUAUCUGGAACUAAUGAGAGCACUGAGCAACAAGUUCAAGGCGUGUUAAACCUCAUAGACCUAGCUGGAAGUGAAAGACUCUCCAGAAGUGGGGCAACUGGUGAUCGGCUUAAAGAAACCCAGGCCAUUAAUAAAAGUCUCUCCUGCCUGAGUGAUGUUAUAUUUGCGCUUGCCAAGAAAGAGGACCAUGUACCAUUCAGGAAUUCAAAGCUUACGUAUCUUCUCCAGCCUUGCUUAGGGGGAGACUCCAAAACCCUAAUGUUUGUUAACAUCUCACCUGACCCGGCAUCAGUUGGUGAGUCUCUCUGCUCACUACGUUUUGCUGCCAGAGUUAAUGCUUGUGAGAUUGGGAUCCCCCGGCGCCAAAUGAAUGUACGAUCUGCUGAUUCACGACUGAGUUAUGGCUGAAGCUGAGUGUACUUUUCAUACAUAUGCCACUCUUUUCAGCUGACUAUUAAUUAUUGAAGGAAAAACAAAGGGUUCUCCGUUGCAGCAUGUAAGUUGUACAGUGAAGGAAUUGAUUGUGUUUGUAUCAGUUAAAUGCAGGUUAAGAUCACUUUGUUUCACAGUGGUCCUGUUCUCAUUAUUUGGCCUUUCUGAAGAAUUUUGAUGUACUACUUGUAUAUCUCCAUAUUUAAGGAUGCUAUUUAAGGCUGCUUACAUCUGUCCCUCCCCAGAUCAGCAUUAUCAG